UUGGGUUGCAGAGACUGUCAAUUGACUAGCAACUAUUUCAUCGCAUCAUCAAAAAUCGUUCCUAACAGUGGCUCUGCCACCAGGCGUAUUCAUAAACGUCAUUCCAACUCGAUGAAGGUUGACCAUCCCAUUGUCCUGCAGAGCGCGAAAUUCAACAUUGGUUCAGACCGCACGCCGCCGCAUUGUUCGUGUCCAUUGCCCGGAGGUUUCUCACGUGGUGAGAACGACUUGUCGAUUGGUUGUGUAAAUCAUUUGCCGGUGACUGCUUGCGUGCGCGCGAGAAUGUGUGAUCCGAAGGGUAGAUUUGCCAUGAUCAUUCUAGUUGCUCAGCACUGAUGGGUUGAGAUCGAGGAGGGGCGAUUCGUUUAUUUGCUGUGACGUGUUAGUGAUAUGAUGUACGGAACAAUCCUAUUGAAGCUGCCAGUGAGUCCUUACCUGCGCGCCCGCAUCUUUCUUCUCUUGCGCUUGAGGCGUCUGACUCUCUUCUUUCUCCACUUGGCUCUCAUCUUGGCCUGUCGUUGGUCAUGUCAGCGAGUGUUGCGUGGUGCGGCUUGCACCCAGUGGCACACGAGCAGCCAAUGGCGGCAGAUUGGUGGUCGGCAGCUGCUGCCGGCACUUUUCUGAUGGCCAUUGACGCCCGCGCGGCGGCACGAGGGACGGACGGGGUUCUUGCGGCUGCACUUACGGUUUGCUGUGAUGAGAA